AUGCUUCUACCGUCCACCACAUUCUUGGACUUGGAUAGUUUAUCCAGGGUACUCAGUAUCUACAAAUGGAUUGCUUUGCUUUUCCUGGGAGUCCCCUUACUAUGGAUUACCAUUAACUAUGUGAGAGUGCUACGCUUGCGACGGCGGAUGCCUCCAGGCCCGUUUCCCCUGCCCAUCAUCGGGACUGUGGGUAGGAUUCCCAUGUCAAAGCCCUGGAUCACGUUUGAGAGGUGGGCAAAGGAGUACGACAGUCCACUGAUCACCAUCUGGACGGGCACGACCCCAACCGUGAUUGCAAACGACUGUUGGAGCGCGUCGGAGCUCAUGGACAGAAGGGCGAAUAUCUACUCCUCACGGCCUCAUAUGGUCCUUGUCGGUGAUAUGUUUGACGAAAGCACGACGAAUCAAACCUCUUUGGUCUAUGGGGAUCAGUGGAGGACUCAUCGCCGGAUCAUGCAUGCUGCCGUCGGGGCACAAGCUGUCCGAGCGUACCGCAGUUUCCAAGGCAAUGAAUCUCGUGUGCUGGCUCUCAACAUACUGGAAAGUCCUGAUGACUAUGUAAAUUCUAUCGAACGAUACUCCACCUCAGUCGUGUCCAUCGUCGGUUGGGGCCGACGAAUUCAGGCCAACAAUGAUUACGUCCUAGGGAUUGCCCUGUCCUUUGUCCAGAACGGUGCCGGCUUUUCUAGUCCUGGUCAAUUUCUAACCGAGUCGUACCCAUGGUUGUGCAAGCUUCCUGCGUGGAUCUAUCCGCUCCCUUCGAUCCUGUGGAAGGAAGGCCAGAGGUCGCUCAAGUACUUUUACGCUCUGUCCCUGGAGGCUUCGCUGUCAAAGAUUGACAACUUCUCAAAGCACCUCAUAAAAUCACAGAAGCAAUACGGCCUGAGCUACAAGGAAGUGGCCUCCUUGACUGGAAAUCUGAUAGGAGGUGGCGUGGACACGACGACCACGUCGACAAUCUCCUUUAUCUUUGCCAUGUGCCUCUUUCCGGAGGUUCAGCGCAAAGCGCAGGAGGAGCUUGACCGAGUCCUUCCGGAGAGAGAUCGCUUCCCUACCUGGACAGAGGAGAACCAGCUCCCGUAUCUUGACGCCAUUAUCACCGAGAACUUCAGGUGGCGAUCGGCCAUUGUCCUAGGCGGGCCUCCGCAUGCACCCAUCAAAGACGACGUCUAUAACGGCUACUUGAUACCCAAGGGAACCACCCUGAUUGGAAACCUAUGGGCCAUCCACCGCAAUCCGAGAGACUACCCGAGCCCGGAUGAGUUUCGUCCAGAGAGAUGGCUGAACGAGGAUGAACGCCGACCGAAUCCUACAAAGCGAGGCAUCUUCACGUUCGGCUGGGGAAGACGCGCCUGCAGCGGCCAGCCCAUGGCCGAGCAGGGCAUUUGGUUCACGUGCGCGGAGCUCCUGUGGGCUUUCAAGAUGAGGGCUAUCGAUGAACAUGGAAACAAUGUCAAACUAGAUCCGUUCGCCUACGACGAUCGAUCCACGUCGCGUCCAUUGCCUUUCCGAGUCGAAUUCAAACCGCGAUUUCCCGGCGUCGAGGACAUUAUAAGAUCCGAAGCGAAAAGAGCACUCGCAGAGCUCGAGAUGUACAACGGGGAGACUGCUGUGACGAUGGACAACGCGGAACAAUUCCUCAAGUAA